AUGUUCAAGAAAAGACAGGCGGCCACCAAGGAGGAGAAACGGAAGCCGACGAAAGAGGAGAAGGCCAAGAAGAAGGCGGACAAGAAAGCGGACAACAAGGCGAAAAAAAAAGAUGACAAGAAAUCCGGUUCCGCCGAGGCCAAGGGCGAGGCCGGAGACGGGGCAGAGGCCGAGGCCGAGGCCGAGGCCGAGGCCGAGUCUCCGAAAGAGCCGUCCCUCAGCAAGAAAGGCACGAUGAAGAGUAGGAAGUCCAUCCUCAAGCUACCCAACAAAACCCUGAAGGGGAAGAAUGCUCCGCCACCAAAGGAGGAGGAGGAGGAGGAGGAAGAGGCAGCCGCCUCGACCUCGACCAAAACCCUGAAAGGGCCAUCGCGCAUGAUGCUACUCAAGGCAAAAGGAAAAAACCUAAAAACCAAUCAGGUCACAGAGGAACAGGAAGUUGUGAAAGAAGAGCAAAAGAAUGGAGGAGGAGGAGGAGGAGAGGGGGAGGGCAUGAAGGAAGAGGGAGCCAAGCGCACACAGAACAUCGGGCUGGUUCUAGGGAGGGUCAAGAUGGCGUCCGUGAAGUAUCGGACCAGUAAGAUGCUGUCCAGGUCGGCCGAGGACCCGGCGGGGGCCGACCCUGAGCCGGUCGACCCCGCCGUGACCUCCAAGGCCAAGGAGCGCCUGGUGGCCAGGAGGAAGAGUGCGACGACACUGCGGAGGGUGUCUGGGUGGAUCCGCAAGAAGGUGCCCGGAGGAGGCCUCACCCUGAGGACCAAGAUGUCCGCCAUCACCAGGGCCAUCGGCCUCACCCAUUGGCUGUCGCUGCGAGUUCUGAAGCAGGAGGACGACACCUCGGGGGCCAAGCGCAGCCUGCUCCGGCCCCGCGCGGAUCCAAGGCCAGGGAGCCGGACCAGCCUAGCCCGGGGGGAGGCAGGGAACGAGCCUCCUCCGGCUGGGGAGAGCGAGGUGGAGGACAGGGCCAAGUAUGCCAUCGUGCUGCCCAGGAUGAACAAGCUGGGAAAGGGCAAAGCGGGCCUGCCUAGCCUCGCCGGGCCCCCAGCCACCCCCUCCGCCUCCGGCCCGUCCGGACCCGGCCAUGGCACGGCGAGCACGGUGACCUCUGAACCCAGACCUCCCAGGCCCGGAGCCCGGCUGGUGCUUCCCGUCAAACCGGACCUCACCCUCCUCAAGUCCAUCAAGAAGGGGGGAGGAGGUGGUGGAGGAGAGGGGGGAGGAGAAGCGGAGCCAUCCGGGGGGUCCAACGGCGGCCCGUCAGGAGGACCAGGAGCCGGGGAGUCGGCGGAGGAGAAGAAGAGGAAGGCGGCGCUGGCUGGCCAAGAUGGCGUCAGUGUCCUCCAGGCAGCCAGGGCCAAGCUGGGCUCCUCCCAGAUCAACCUAGCCAAGCUGUCCGUCUCCAGGCCCCUCUCUGGGGGAGGGCCCGCGCCAGCACCAGAGAGGGAGGCCGGGGGCUCCAGGCCCCUCAGUGAGGGAACUCCCCCUGCCCCAGUGGAGCCUGCCAGGGGGGUGGGGUCGUUUUACGAGGAGGAGGUGGACCGGGAGGUGGCCCAUCUGAUGGGGGAGGGGGGCUUGCACACUGUGGGCCCACCGGAGGUGCACUGGGCUGGGACUACGCGCAUGAGCGGAGACCCCCAGGACUGGCUGCGGGCAGAGAACCUGCUCCCCCACCAGACAGUGGAGAAGUUGACUAAGUGGACUGUGUACGAGGAUUGGGGCCAGGCCCACACGGUACCGGCACACAACGGCCGGGGGCCCUGGGAGUCCGAGGACCCCGCACAGGACAUGCUGGAGAGCCGGCUCUGCCACACCCAGGUGGUGAUGCCCGGUAGUGAUCAGGCUGUGGAGGUGGAUGAGGUGGAGGAUCUGUCCCAGCUGGUGGAAGUGUGUGAGAGUGCUGUGCUACUAAACUUGAAGAAGAGAUUUCACCGAGACUGUAUAUACACAUACAUAGGGAACAUGCUGCUCUCUGUGAACCCCUUCAAGCCACUGAGCAUCUACACUGAGGAGCUGAGACAGCAGUACCAGGCCAAGGGGCAGCAGCGCAACCCUCCACAUGUUUAUGCAAUUGUGGAUGCUGCCUUCAGCUCCUCCCAGUCCUCCACCCAGGAGCAAUGCAUCGUCAUCAGUGGGCAGAGUGGGUCAGGGAAGACGGAGGCCACCAAGCUGAUGGUGCACUACCUGAGCUCCAUGUACGAGGGCAGGAACGACAACCUGAGACAGCCCAUGGACGCUCUGCCCAUCCUGGACAGCUUUGGGAACGCCAAGACCAUCCUCAACAACAACUCCAGCCGCUUCGGCAAGUACCUCCACAUCCACAUCCUCCAUGGGGUUGUCGUGGGAACGUCCUUGUCCCAGUACCUUCUAGAAAAGUCCAGAGUUGUUUUCCAGGCCAGUGAGGAGAGGAACUACCAUGUCUUCUAUGAGCUACUGGCUGGGAUGAAUGACUGGGACAAACAGGAACUCUAUCUGCAGGGAGCCGAGACCUACUGCUACCUCAACCAGUACAUUAUGUACUUGUUUCGAGACCAUCGGUCUCCCACGGCGGACCAGAUCUCCACCGUGUGGGCCAUUCUCUCCUCCAUCCUGCAGCUGGGCAACAUCUGCUUCAGCUCCUACGAGAGCGAGUCGUUUGAGGUGGCUCGUAUCUUCAGUGAAGCGGAGGCCAGGAGAGUGGGCUCCCUGCUCCAGAUCUCCCCAGACGCUCUGCAGACCGUCAUCACUCACAGAGUCACGGAAACCACCUAUGACAGGAUCUACUGCCCCCUGUCUGUGGAAAGUGCCAUUGAAUCCAGAGAUGCCAUAGCCAAGGCCCUGUACUCCGUGCUGUUUGAUUGGUUGCUGGAGCAGAUCAAUGAUUGGCUGAGCCCAGCAGAGAUGGACAGCACCGUGGGCAUAUUGGACAUCUAUGGAUUUGAGGACCUGGGGGUAAACAGCUUUGAGCAGCUGUGCAUCAACUUUGCCAACGAGCAGCUGCAAAACUUUGUCAACAAGGCUGUGGUCUCCCAGGAGCAGGAGGAGUACAGUGCAGAGCAGAUCCAGUGGUACCCCAUGGUGCUCCAGAACUUUCACUCCUGCCUGGACCUCAUCUCCUCCAGACCCCACGGCAUCCUCCGUAUCCUGGACGACCAGACCUGCCUCCCUCAGGCCACUGACCACACCUUCCUCCAGAAGUGCCACUAUCACCAUGGAAACAGCCCCUACUACAACAAGCCCAAGAUUCCUUUGCCAGUUUUCACCAUCUACCACUAUGCUGGGGCUGUCACCUACCAGGUACACAACUUCCUGAAUAAGAACCAUGACCACUUCAGGACCGAGGUGCUGGAGCUGUUCGCAUGCAGCAGGCUGAAGAUGGUGUCGGGGCUGUUUCGAAAGGUCCAGGACGGCUAUGUGCAGCAGAAGGAGCUGGGCUGGAGGGGGAGGGGCCACCGCCAGCAGCCCUCCACUGUCGCCGCCCACUUCCAGCAGUCCCUGACUGAGCUCACCACUCGCCUGGAGAGAUGUAAGACCACCUUCAUCCGCUGUAUCAAGCCAAACUAUGUAAAGCUUCCUGGGAUCUUUGACGUGGACUAUGUGUCGGCACAGCUACGGCAUGCUGGGAUACUGGAGACCAUCCAUAUCAGAAAGGAGGGCUUUCCUGUCCGCAUACCCUAUGCCUUCUUCAUGGAGAGGUAUGGCGUCCUCCUGGUGGAGAGACCACCCGAGGCCUCAGACAGAGAGCAGACUGUGGCUCUGCUCAGCACUCUGGGGGCGGAGGACUGGCAAUAUCAACUGGGCCUCACCAAGGUGUUCCUGAAGGAGGUUCUGUACCAGCGCGUGGAGGACAAGUGGAGCAGCACUCAGACCUGGGCAGCAGUCACCAUCCAGAGGAACAUCCGAGGGUUCAUCUGCCGACGCAACUUCAGGUUCUUCAAACAGAAGGCCAUCGUCAUCCAGAGCCACAUACGGGGACACCAGGCCAGGAAGCACUACAAGCGCCUCAAGCAGUCCUUCACUCAGUUCUGGGCCACCAUGAUGAUCACCAGGAACACCAUCAAGAGGAGACAGUGGAGGAUUAGGAGAAAGCAGUGA